GGGCCAUUAAUGUGAAAGAAAAACAUUAAGGACUAAAAUGCAAACAUUUUGACACUUUAUUGCCACAAACCCUAAAAAUGAAGAGUAGAAGAAAUGGAAGAAAAGAAAUUGGAGUGAUUUGAGUUUUCUUGUGCAAAGGGAAAACAACUACCCACACUUAAAAGAGUCGAUUCUUCCCUCACUUCUUCGUUCUCACCCAAAAAUUGUUCUUUCUUCAUCUCUCGAGUGGGAAGCUAGUCAUUUGCUGAAGCUGUUUUAUUUUGGGUUUCACCUGAGAUUUUGGAAAAAUGAGUUCUGUCGAAUUGAACCACGCCAACCUUUUGAGCUCUGAUUCUCAGAGGACACAGUAUCCAUACGUGACAGGCACAUCUGUGGUUGCUCUCAAAUACAAAGAUGGUGUUUUAAUGGCUUCUGAUAUGGGAGGUUCAUAUGGGUCUACACUGCGAUACAAGAGCGUGGAGCGAAUCAAGCCUAUUGGAAAGCAUUCUCUACUUGGGGCUAGUGGAGAAAUAAGUGAUUUUCAGGAGCUAAUGCGUACUCUUGAUGAACUCGUCCUAUACGACAACAUGUGGGAUGAUGGAAACUCAUUGGGACCUAAAGAGGUUCAUAACUAUCUGACCAGAGUUAUGUACAACCGACGCAAUAAGUUCAAUCCUCUUUGGAAUUCACUUGUCCUUGGUGGAGUGAAAAAUGGACAAAAGUACCUUGGCACGGUAAGCAUGAUUGGUGUUCAUUUUGAGGAUAAUCAUGUGGCUACUGGAUUUGGAAAUCAUCUUGCACGGCCAAUUCUUCGUGAGGAGUGGCAUGAAAAUUUGAGUUUUGAGGAUGGUGUGAAGAUACUGGAGAAAUGCAUGCGUGUUCUCCUUUAUCGUGAUAGGUCUGCUAUCAACAAGCUUCAGAUAGCUAAGAUCACCGACGAAGGUGUAACAAUCUCUCAGCCUUACUCGUUGAAGACUUUCUGGGGAUUCUCCGCCUUCCUCAAUCCAACAGCGGGUGCUGAAGGAUCAUGGUAGAUGUGUGGCUGAACAUCUUUCUAGAGUUCGUUAUCUGAAUUCAGAUGGGGUAAUUGAACAUGAAAAUUGUGUCAACUAGAGUACAAGUUUAAAUUCUAUGCCCAACUAGUAUAUAAGUUUUAAGUUCAAUGUGCUAUUCGUUCGUUGGCUCUUGUGAAAUUUUAUGGCUGUUGAAUCACUACAAGUUUAAAACUCGCAGCACAUCAGUUCCUAGUUGGCGCUUGAUAGAAACGAUGACUUUUCCGAUUUACCCCCGCAAUUUGUCUCCUUUUAUGAUGUUUCACUAACCAGAUAAAUUUCUUCUUACUAAUCAAGUAUUAACGUUUGUUAACUGAGCAAAAAAACUUGAUAAUACGUCCAUCUAUAGUCUUGUGAGCUUGCUUGGAAGGGUGUAUGAAGGUCUGAUGGUUUUUUUUUUUGAAAAUAAAGCGUUAUAUAAAUAGGGAAAAUUAGACCUCAUGGUCAUUACAAAGGAUAGAAACAUGUAUAAAGGAAGGUUCCACAAACCCUGUAAUGUUUCGAUCGAAAGCUCAUCUAGCCACAUUAUUUAUAUGAUAAGUUUUUCUAGUGUAAUUUGGGUAAAAUAAAAAGCUGAAUUUUAUCUCUUUUUG